UACAGUAAAAAGAAAAAGACAGCAAUCGGAGAUCAGAGAUGGCGGGCGCCUCCGAUCCCCUGGAAGAUAUGCUAUUUUCCGAGGUAGAUGAGAAGGCUGUGAGCGACUUAGUGGGCUCUCUGGAGUCUCAGCUGACCGGCCAGAGCAACGCGACGGCAAAAAGCGACGAGAGCCGAGGCGCUGGCUCAGUUGCCCCCGCUAACCAUCACUUGGGGAAAACGCUACCAGCUCCGCUGGGCUCCACAACAGUAGAUCAACAACAACAAGGGCGCCGUAAUAAACCCGACAUGCGCCAGGAUCUAAACUCCACGGAAAAAACUGUCACAUCUCCUUCCCAGGACAGCCCGCUUUCGUCCGGUGAGACCCCUGCCGCAUCCGCCAGUAACAGCAGCUCUCAAUCACAUGGAGCAUCCAUCACAACACUGCCCGCGUCUGGCGUGUCAACUUCCCCGCCGGCCAGCAGCAUCAGCACCGCUACCACCUCCGACCAGCCCACGAAGUCUUCCCCGGACUCCGAUGAGCCUAUCGCGGACGCUUCAAAACGACGCUUUGGCGCCCCGCGACGGACCUUCUCGGCUCGGAUUAAGAGUUUGAACGGUGCCGCCGUGACCAACCGAGGCAGCGGCAGCAGCCCCGCGGCGGGGGGCGACGAUGCCUGCGGCAGCCCCACCGACCUCCCGCCGCCGGCGAGCACCUCAGCUAGCAGUACGCCGACUUUAACAGUCGCCAACGCCAGCCUAUCUGCGAGUCAGUCGGCCAUUACCCUGGAUCGAGGCACCCCCACCAUCGCUUUGCAGAGACUCCCCAGUCACAUCGUGGCCAGCAUAGCCCAGAACGGUACCAGUGCGUCGGCGUUGUCUCAGCAAGGUGCUCAGACGCCCCCUGUCACUUCGCCCCCAGCGGCCUCCUCCUUAACCUCCUCGCCACCUGCACAGGAGAACCACACUAAAAGCGCCACAGAACCUGCAGGGACUCCCAACGAAUGUCAGUCCACAAGUGUCACUACGAGCUCUGUUAUAAACACUGUUUCCUCCGUUGCCGUGACAACAACACCGACCGCCAGCACUACCGCAGUAACUCAACCUUUAACCACAAGCGCUACUACGGCCACCACCACCACCACUAUCGCAGCCGUCUCAGUGACGACAAGCAGCGUCGGCGGUCAGACCACAUCAGUGACCACCACGAUCAGCACGGUCCGACCCACCAGCGCCGCCCCCACGACCCCUGCCGUCACUGUCGCCCCCGCCGUCCCAGCCAUCCCAGUCGCCCCAGCCGCCCCAGCCGCAGCCUCGCCAACCACGCAGGCAGCCACCCGGCCCGGUCUGGCCGCACCUCAGAGGAUCGUUGCGCCCCAGCUCAUUGUCAGACCGCCCCAGCAGCAGACCACCAUCCAGCUGCCACCUGGGUUCACCAUCCCGACCGGCAUGGUGCUGGUACGGACCGAGCUGGGCCAGCUGGUGUUGGUUCCUCAGCAGGCGUUGGCUCAGGCACAGGCGCAGGCUCAGGCGCAAGCUCAGGGUCAGGUCCAGGCCCAGAAUAACAUCACUCCGCGGCCCGCCACUCCCACUACGGGGCCAUCCUUCAGAGUCAGCACUCCGCAGUCUCCAGCAACCUCUCAGACCACCAGACAAUGUGCUCUGACCCCAGCCAAGGUGGCGGCGUCUCCCUCUCCUGCUCCUCCCAGCCCUGCCCUCCAGACCACCUCCUCUUCUUCUUCUUCCUCUUCCUCCGCUCCUUCCUUCGUUACCUCCUGUCCCGCACUACGUCCAAAGGGCCCCGUGGCGCCGGCCGUGGCGGUGACGGCUCCGCAGCAGACCCCCGCGGUUUCCGCACCCCAGGCGCAGCCGGCCCAGACCGCCUCGCAACCCCCGCAGACGACGGGCAUCGCCGUGGCCCCUGGAGCUCCUGUCGUGUCCCAGGAGAUGCAGGAGAACGUGAAGAAGUGUAAAAACUUCCUCGCCACGCUCAUCAAGCUGGCGUCGCACAAUUCCCCGUCACCGGAAACCUCCAAGAACGUCAAAGCUCUGGUGCAAGACCUGCUGGAUGCCAAGAUUGAACCGGAGGAGUUCACCAGCCGGCUGCAGACGGAGCUCAAGUCGUCGCCACAGCCUUACCUGGUGCCCUUUCUUAAGAAGAGCCUCCCAGCCCUGCGGCUGUCUUUGCUCAACAGUCAGCAGUUGCUGAUCCAGCCGCCGCAGCAGGGCAUCAAACCAGCAACGACGGCCAUCGCAAGCGGGCCGGCCGUCCACGUACGGCCCCCCAACAGCGUCGGGCCCACUCCGGGGACUGGUGCGCUACCCCAUGGGACCAUGGGCCAUGCAGCUGCCACGGGUCUGAAGACCACAGGCGCCAUGGGCGGACAAGUCCGGAUGCCCGUGAUGAUCACGCCGUCCAUGAGAGCUCAAGGCACAAUGGGGAAGGUGGGCACCUUCCAAGCAGGGAGGAGUCCGGUGGGCUUGGCUGUCCAGAUCUCCGGCAAUCAAAAAAACAAGCUCAAUGACCCCGGAGGAGGUUCUUUCAGGGACGAUGACGACAUCAACGACGUGGCCUCCAUGGCGGGCGUCAAUUUGAACGAGGAGAGCGCCCGCAUACUUGCCACCAACUCGGAGCUGGUGGGCACGCAGAUUCGCUCGUGCAAGGAUGAAGCCUUCCUCCACCCGGGGCUGCUCCACCGACGCAUUCUGGAAACAGCCAAGAAGUUUGGCGUCAUGGACGUGCCCAUGGAGGUCGUGACGUUCAUCUCGCACGCCGCACAGUCGCGACUCCGCACGGUCGUCGAAAAGGUUUCGGCCAUCGCUCAGCACAGACUGGACUCCUGCAAGGACGACGAAUGCUACGAGCAGUCGGCCGACGUCCGCUCUCAGCUGCGCUUUUUCGAACAACUAGAGAGGAUGGAAAAAGCCAGGAAGGACGAGCAGGAAAGAGAAAUUCUCUUGAAAGCCGCCAAGAGCCGCUCCAGGCAAGAGGACCCAGAGCAAGCUCGACUGAAACAGAAAGCCAAGGAGAUGCAGCAACAGGAACUAGCCCAGAUGAGGCAGCGGGACGCUAACCUCACGGCACUGGCGGCUAUCGGACCCCGCAAAAAACGCAAAGUGGACUCGCCGGGGGCCACCCCAUCAGGGACUGAGCUGUCGGGCAGUACGGCGGGCUCCCCGGGGGGCUCGUCGUCGGCGCCCUCGUCGUCGUCUCGCCAGUACGCCCGUCAGCGCAUCACCCGCGUCAACCUCAGGGACUUCAUCUUCUACAUGGAGCAGGAGCGAGACACGGCCCACUCGCUGCUGCUCUACCGCGCUCUACUCAAGUAGACUUCCUUCUUCCUCCUCUAGCCACGUGCCUUCACAUCAGGUGUCAGCUCGCCGUCGUUCGUCCUAACUCGGCUUCCGGAUGCAUUUGCAUAAGAAAACGCUAAAAAGAAAAUGUCCGGGGAAAAAAAAAAAAUGCAUCCAUUGUGUUUCAUGUUGCGUAGCGAUGAUUACGUUUGAAGGCCUCCGUGCGUUCCAAACAUUUUAACAGCCAAUUUAUUGACCACGUGUCAAUAAAAGGACAUUUCAACAACACCAUUUCCCCCCCUUCGCCGUAAAUGUAAAUAGUUUGGUUACAUUUCCUUUUUUUUUUUUUUUCCGUUAAUAGCAAAGAGCGUGAGUUUUAUGAAAGUGAAUCUUUAAUGUCAUCGCAUUUCAAAUCCAUUUUACAAAGGUGUACUCGGGCCACACUGACAAGAACAAUAGUUUUCUACUAAAAGUUGUAAUGUUACGGGAAUGGAGGAUUCAUUUUAUUAGGAUGAGUUUGCUCCACACAGUUUUGUGCAGAUAUGAAUUUACACUUUACACAGAAAUGACACUUUGCUUUGGUGUAAAUUGUACAGUAGGUUUGAACCUUUUCUAAAACGUUCUUAAAAAAAAAAGUCUCAUUUAUGACAUUUUAUCAUGAACUAUACGUAGUUUCUUCCGAAAAUCCCCACAUAAUCUCAUAAUGAAAUUUCUGUGGCUGAAACAUUUAUUAUUUUACAAAAAAUAUAAAUAUUAGAAUUGUUUUGAACAAUUAUUUAAAACAAAAAAGUGAAUUAAUUAUUAUUGAUAAGCACUUUUUUUUUAAAAAUAUUAUUAUGAAGUGAAACUUUAUUUUAUUCAGACAAGGUCUAACAGGACAGUUUUAAGACUUUAUUUUCGUAACAUCACACUUGUAUUCUAUAAUUUGAAAAAAACAAUCAAGUCAGCGGCCUCAAUACGCCUUUGUACACUUUUUAUAUUGUUCACCUGUUAGUGUUUGUUAUGAGGUGGGCUGGUUGCCGUAGUUACAAGUUCAACCCACAUACUUUGUUUUUAUGACUUCAGACAUGUGCAAAUGUUUGAAGAGCAACCACAAAAAAAGAAUGUUUCAAGUCCAUCAAGUGUUUUUUUUUAUUUUUUAGUGUUUCAAAACAGUGAAGAAAAAGUGAGGCAUUCAAUCUCGUUACACAUCAUGUUUCAUUUUUAAACUCUUUUAUAUGUAAAUGUAGAAACACAAAGUCAUUCUUGUAUGUUAAUGUACGUCCUUUGUUUGUUUGAAUGACUGAUAAUUUAAAUUGAAUAUCUCGGCCUAUGCAGUUUUUGGUGAAUUGAAAUAUUUCAAACCCUUGGUUGCGCUUUGUCGUGAAUUUUGACAGCACUUUUAUUUUAUUGUAUUCAUUGAUUUGAUAAAGUCCCUGUUUUAGCUGGCUUCUUAAAGCUGUCGGUUUAAUAUUGCUAUGAAAUGUAAACUUUUAAACAGUAUUGACACUUUCCUUCUAAAGUCACAUCUUGUAAAAUACACUAUUUUAUUAUUAUUAUUUUUAAAUAUAUUGGCUUUUAUGCACAUUUCCCUCUUUUCUGCUCUUUGACAAGCACAACAGCAUAGAUCUCAACUGAUUUUUUUUUUUUUUUUUUUAUAAUAACAAUCUCAUUUACUUUGGCAUUUUUACCGCUUGGAGGUUUUUUAGCCCAAACCUUGGGUCAAUAUAAAAAUAAAAAAAAAGAAAGAAAAAAUGGGAAAAUAAAACUUUCACUGUAAGGAUAUUUUGUAAAUACUGUUUACAAGACCUAUGUGUUUAUUAGAACCAAGUUAUUUUUGGUAAACUCUUGUAAAUAUCUUGGAAUUUUCCUGUUUGUGUGAAAUGACAAAAAAAAAACAACAACAACCAAUACUGAUGUAUUUGUACCUAUUUUAUAAAGGAAUAAAUAAGCUGUUUACUAAACUGACAAGAUGCUAGCUUUUGUUCAUUUCUUCCACAUAAAAAUGUCUAAAGCGUGACCAAAGCCAGGGGUGUCCACAUUACGGUUCAGGGGUCGAUUUGUGGCCCACUGUCCAUUUUUACCGGACCGUAGCAUAUAUUUAAAAACAAAUAGGGGCCACUACGACUAUUUACAUAAUUCGCAACAAAUUUUAAGAACCAUGAUAAAUUUGUAUUGACAGAUUUUCGCUUAAAAUUAUUUUCUAAGUACGGAAGGCGCAAAUGACAAAGACACACUCAGCAAUACAGUACAUCCUUUUAUUAUCGCAAAUAUACCAGAAAAGUUAAAUGAAGACACUGCAAAAUGAACACAUGCCCUUGAAUACCACAGUCUAAUUGUUUUUAAACACUUUAAAUAAUAUACGUUAUUAUCAUUAGUAUUAAUAUUAUUAUUACAGCCUUUAAAACGCUUCAGUCUGUAUGUACACAAUGUGAUGCUUGGAAUUCUUUUUUUUGUCCUUAUUUUUUUCAAUCGUAAAAACAUGAAUCCGAAUAAUUGGGUCCGCCAAGCACUGGCCCAUGACUUCAUGUGGUUCUAACUAUUCCAAGGGGUGCGAGCUUUUAUUGCUGCCAAAACAAAUAAAUAACACCCCACGGAGAGGAAAACAGCAUCCUUAAAAUUGAACCCUGGAAAAAGUCAUUCCCAGAGGAAUCUUUUUGGAGUCUUCAUUUCCACUGGCGCCAGAGCCCAACACGCUGAGCUCCAAAUCCCGGUGCUUCCAUUGUAAGAGUGCCCCGUGUGGAGAAGAGCCAGUACUGCUUGGUCAGGACUGUGGGUGGCCCAAACAAAAAAGAAAAAGCAUCCACAAACAUCCAAUCCUUCCCAUCAGUGUGUGUGAAAAGCAACAAAGAGCAUGUGGAACAUGACACACAGGCCAAGCGCUUUGAUGGAGAGAAAACACGGCCCGCCCACGACCGCUUCUUUGUGGAGAGCGUAACUGCACCGAAAAAGAAAAAAAAAAUUCAACAAGACGGAAAGUUGGUGGCUGUCAGUCGUUUAAGCAGCGAGAGACCCGCCAGGGGGACAAAAGAGCAUUAGAGCCAGCAUUGCGCACACCCUUUUGGAUUUUAUUUUAUUUUUUUAACACGCUGUUGAGAAAAAAAAAUCUUUGUACAAUCAAUAAAAUACGCACCCUGUUAGCUUUGGUACCUGCAAAAUGACUUGAGGAGGCAAUGCUCAGUUGUCCACACUAACACAGGUAGUUUUUUUUUUUUAGUUUAUGAAAUUAAUUCAUUUCAUAUUAACAUUUUUGAAUUGUUUUUUAACUGAUAUUUUAUUAGAAUAUGGAUUUAUUAUGGAUUUAUGUAUAUAUUUCCUCAUUGUUUUUUUUGUUUUACUUACAAUGAAAAAAAAAUGCAUUCAUGCUUUUUAUUCGAUGAGAACGUUUUUUUGUCGGUGCAAAAAAGUAUUUUUCUUUAAGCAAUUGGUUGGAUUUUGGUAGGAAAAAAUAAAAAUACUACUAG